AGCGACGCACGUAGCCAUCGCGUGAUGUGAGCCGUCCGCGCGUCGCCCGCCCUGAUCCUCCCGUGGGCCGCGCCGUGCGUCGCCAACCAAACCCACCCGCCCGCCUCCGCCUCCGCCUACGCCUCCGCCUCGUCCUCCCCGCGCCCGCCUCUCCAGUUUCCAGCUCCACGUGCCUGCCGCGCCUCGGCUCCCCCCCUCCACUCCACCACACUCGAGUCCUCUGCAGUUACUGCAGGCGAGUCCUGUCGACCACACUCACCACUCCACAGCCCUCGUGCCCGGUGCCCCCUUCCUCAGACACUUCCCUUAGAAGGAACCAGCACGCGAUGCCCAUCGACUGCUCCGCGCAAUUCCCCACCCGCUGAUCUCGCCGCGCCCCCGCUCCUCAUGGCCUCCUCCCUCCCCGCGCCGACGGCCCCUCGGGCCUCCUGGCGCGGCCUUCUGCCCCGCCGCCCUCUGGCCCGCAUCGGUCCCCUCGCCCGUGCGGCGCGCUCUUGUUACCGCUUCCGGACCGACGACGACAGCGUGGUGGACGUGGCCGUCGUCGGGAAAGACAGCGGCGGCGGGGGGUACGUGGUCGCCGUUGAGGUCCCGGCCCGCGCGGGGGAGGGCGGGCUGGUGCUCCUCCCCGCGGGCUCCACUGGCGAGGGCGUCCCGCUGGCGCUGUCCGCGUCGGGAGGCGCGCUUGCGGCCGAGCUGUCCUUCGACGCGGACGCAGCCCGCGCACCGUUCCACGUCUCGUUCCUGUUGGCCGACGCGGCGGGGGCGGAGAUACGGACGCACCGCGGGACGAGCUUCCGCGUGCCGGUCGGCAUCGGGCGGGGCCGCUCCGCGCCGCUCGGCCUGUCACUGUCUGAGGACGGGGCCGCCAACUUCGCGGUGUACAGCAAGAGCGCCAAGGGCGUUGUGCUCUGCCUGCACGGCGGCGGCAACGAGCCCGCGCUGGAGAUCGAGCUCGACCCGUACGUCCACAGAACGGGCGAUGUCUGGCACGUCUCGCUGGAAAGCGUGGAGGGAUACGCCAGCUACGGCUUCCGCUGCGGGCUUUUCGGCAUUGACCGCCCGCUGCUCGACCCGUACGCUAAGGUGAUCACGGAUUUCGUCCCUGGCAACUCUGUUUAUGACGAGGUGGCUACUGUGCCGUCCAUGGGGUGCCUCGCGUCCUUGGCGAAUGCGCCGACGUACAACUGGGGCAGGGACAAGCACCCACUCUUGCCAUUGGAGAAGCUGGUGGUGUACCGGGCGAAUGUGGCUUUGUUCACCAAGGACAAGUCGAGCGGGCUGCCAGGCAAUGUAGCCGGUACUUUCUCGGGGUUGGCUGCAAAGUUAGAGCACUUCAGGCGUCUUGGUGUCAAUGCUGUUUUGCUGGAGCCUGUGUUCCCAUUCCAUCAGGAGAAGGGAGCCUAUUUCCCAUACCAUUUCUUUUCACCGAUGAAUUUGUAUAGCAGUGAAUGUUGCAGUGUUUCAGCUAUCAAGUCUAUGAAGAAUAUGAUCAAGACAAUGCACAAAAGUGGAAUAGAGGUCCUCUUGGAGGUUGUUUUCACGCAUACUGCUGAAGGAGCAGCAGAGUGUCAGAUGAUAUCAAUCCGUGGCAUCGAUAGUUCCUCGUAUUACAUUGCCGAUGGGGUUGUUGGAUCCAAGGCAAGUGUAUUGAAUUGCAAUCAUCCGGUGACUCAGAAGCUGAUUUUGGACAGCCUCCGCCAUUGGGUGCUUGACUUCCAUGUUGAUGGGUUUUGCUUCAUCAAUGCCCCUUUCCUUGUCAGAGGUCCAGGUGGUGAGGGCCUAUCGCGGCCUCCCCUUCUUGAAGCCAUAGCAUUUGACCCGGUUCUUUCAAAGACAAAGAUCAUUGCAGAUCCUUGGUCUCCACUUGACAUAUCUAAUGUACAAUUUCCAUUCCCUCACUGGAAAAGAUGGGCUGAGAUGAAUACGAGAUUCUCUAUUGAUGUGCGCAAGUUUUUGAAGGGAGAAGCACUUAUUAGUGAUCUUGCUACCCGUUUGUGUGGUAGUGGGGAUCUAUUUUCCUCUAGGGGUCCAGCAUUUUCUUUCAAUUAUGUAUCCAGGAAUUCUGGACUUACUCUUGUUGAUCUAGUGAGUUUCAGCAGUGAUGAGCUUGCUUCUGAGUUCAGUUGGAAUUGUGGUGAAGAAGGACUGUCGGAGAACAAUGCAGUCCUUCAAACGAGGCUAAGGCAGAUACGCAAUUUUUUGUUUAUUCUAUUUGUUUCCCUUGGUAUUCCUGUUCUGAACAUGGGAGAUGAAUGCGGACACUCUGCUGCUGGUUCAACAUCAUACAAGGAUAGAGGGCCUCUGAAAUGGAAAGCCUUGAAGACCACUUUUGUUGAGGAAGUUACCGGUUUUAUUUCAUUUCUAACUGCACUCAGGAGUCAACGAGGGGACGUCUUUCAGAGAAGAGAAUUCCUAAAAUUGGAAAAUAUACAUUGGUAUGGGAGCGAUCUAUCUGAGCCACGAUGGGAGGAUCCUACUAGCAACUUUCUUUGCAUGCACAUAAAUGCAGAGGUGGACGAAAAUGUGCCAGAUUCAGUCAGAGGUGAUUUGUAUAUCUGUUUCAAUGCAAGCGAGAAAUCAGUUAGUGCUACUUUACCAGCUCUUGCAGAAGGAUCUGUGUGGCUACGCUUGGUUGAUACAUCACUUGCAUUUCCAGGUUUCUUUUCAAGCGAGUCUAAUCCUGAGGUACACCAAGUGCUAGGAUUGUCCUCCCAUCAAGUAAAAGCACAUAGCUGUGUUUUAUUUGAAUCAAAGAGGGUUCUUUCCUAGUUCCUGAUAGCAAUAUGAAGGCUGCGUAGUUUCAGUCGUAAGUAGAAACUUUGUGAAUACCAACUCUGAGAGGCCCUUGGUUCCAAUAAGUUGCAGCUUGCAACCCUACUGUAGAUGAAAAUGUUUGUGAUAAUAAAAUCCUCAUUUUCUCAACUUUCAGAAGCCCUCGGUUGCAACCUUAUUGUAGAUGAGAAUGUUUAUGAUAAUAAUAUCCCUCAUUAUCCCAGAUGGUUGGUA